AUGUUACCCUGGGGGCUGAGCUGCCUGUCCGUGCUGGGGGCGAUGGGCACCGCGCUCCUGGGCACGGGCCUGCUACUCAGCCUGGCGCAGCACCUCUGGACCCUCCGCUGGACGCUGAGUCGGGACCGAGCCUCCGCCCUGCCCCUGCCCAAAGGCUCCAUGGGCUGGCCCUUCUUCGGGGAAACGCUGCACUGGUUGGUUCAGGGCUCUCGCUUCCACAGCUCCCGCAGGGAGCGCUACGGGACGGUGUUCAAGACGCACCUGCUGGGCAGGCCAGUGAUCCGCGUGAGCGGCGCCGAGAACGUGCGCACAAUCCUGCUGGGAGAGCACCGCCUGGUGCGCAGCCAGUGGCCGCAGAGUGCGCACAUCCUUCUGGGCUCGCACACACUGCUCGGCGCGGUUGGAGAGCCGCACCGGCAGCGGCGCAAGAUCCUGGCUCGAGCGUUCAGCCGUGCGGCGCUGGAGCACUACGUGCCUCGCCUGCAGGGGGCGCUGCGGCGGGAGGUGCGCUCCUGGUGCGUGGCCCGCGGGCCGGUCGCUGUCUAUGAGGCCGCUAAAGCGCUCACCUUCCGCAUGGCCGCGCGCAUCCUGCUGGGGCUACAGCUAGACGAGGCGCAGUGCUCCGAGCUGGCCCGGACCUUCGAGCAGUUCGUGGAGAACCUCUUCUCGCUGCCCCUCGAUGUGCCUUUCAGCGGCCUGCGCAAGGGCAUUCGGGCGCGGGACCAGCUGCAUCGGCACCUGGAGGAGGCCAUUGUGCAGAAGCUUCUUGAAGACAAGGCUGCUGUGGAGCCAGGCGAUGCCCUCGAUGGGAUCAUCCACAGCACUAGGGAACUGGGCCAUGAGCUCUCAGUGCAGGAACUGAAGGAGUCAGCUGUGGAGCUCCUCUUCGCCGCCUUCUUCACCACGGCCAGUGCCAGCACAGGCCUCGGUGGCGGCGCUGGGCCCCCGCCCGACUGCGGUUGCGAGCCCGACCUCAGCCUGGCGGCGCUGGGCCACCUGCGCUACGUCGGCUGCGUGGUCAAGGAGGUGCUGCGCCUCCUGCCGCCGGUGUCCGGGGGCUACCGGACAGCCCUGCGCACCUUCGAGCUCGACGGCUACCAGAUCCCCAAGGGGUGGAACGUGAUGUACAGCAUCCGAGACACGCACGAGACGGCCGCAGUGUACCGCAGCCCGCCGGAGGGCUUCGACCCAGAGCGCUUCGGCACUGCGGGCGACGAUGCGCGGGGCGCCGCCGGCCGCUUUCAUUACAUCCCGUUCGGCGGCGGUGCGCGCAGCUGUCUUGGCCAGGAGCUGGCGCAGACCGUGCUCCAGCUGCUCGCGGUGGAGCUGGUGCGCACGGCGCGCUGGGAACUGGCCACGCCUGCCUUCCCCGCCAUGCAGACCGUGCCCAUUGUGCACCCGGUGGACGGGCUACGGCUCUUUUUCCACCCUCUUGCGUCUCCGGCGGCGCAGGAUGGGCAACGCCUCUGA